UUGGAGAACUUGUUGGCUUGUUAGGUCCUAUCCAGUAAUGGUUCGUUGUCAGAAUCCUACCGCUUUGGCGUCAUUAAUCGCCAGCAUGUAUCAUUUCAACAACUAAUCACAGACAUUGGUGUUGCAGCCAUCACCCAAAGACGACGUGGAGGCACGCCCGCCGUGUCAUCCUCGAGCAGUGAGUUUUGGCAAACAGGUGUUACUUUGAACAUUCAGGCGCUGACAAGAUGCGUUUUCCUCGCAUUCCAGUGUGCCAUCCAGGGUAGGCAAACAUACCACACAAUUUGGAUAUAUACUCGCCCAAGAAGAACUUGAGAGCUGAAAUGACCACAGAUUGCCUUUCCAAAAACAAUUACAAUGAGGCUCGGUGCCAGAAUGCCGUCAAGGCGCUGUACGAAUGCUGUGACGCCUUCUACCAGCGUUACGGCGACGACGCUACCUCUCCAAGCUGUCCAAAGCCGAAAUUGCUUCGUUUGAAGAUCCAGCAGCAGAAGGAAGGGAAAUGAGGACGCAGCAGGGCAAAAGCACGCAGGCUUUGCGACCACAGAGUGCUUCUACGACGCAUUUAGACACGCGUGACAUCUUACGAGAUACCUAGAUAGAAAUGUAUCAUGUACCGUAUAAAGGCAGGAGAGGCGAGAGGAAGAUAUGUACGCUCAUCGUAUGGUGUGUCAACCAGUGUAGAGAAUUUCAGGCAACUUAAUGAGGAGCGAUUUUUCUAGGCGA